AUGUCAAGCGUGCAAGCUGUUGUAUGUAGGGCUGCGCACAUUUUUUUUCGCAUCCAACAUUUUUCGUUCAAUAUUUCAAUAUUAAUAUUGAACGUUCAUAUUUUCAGAGGGCAAAAUUCUGUAGUGGAUGAGGGCACUAAUGUCUACUGUUAUGAUCAGAAUUCGGAUGGCAUGCACGUCCACGCCAACAAAGUGCUUCAGAUGGUGGAGAAUGCUCAAUGCUGCGCCUGUCGGAAACGAUGGCAGCUGGCCAUUUUGGCCAACAUCGGCUUCAUGAUCGUGUUCGGAAUUCGUUGCAAUUUUGGUGCUGCUAAGAAUCAUAUGUUCAAGAACUACACCGAUCCAUGGGGUCGUCGUCAUGUACAUGAUUUCAAUUGGACUCGAGCCGAACUGAGCGUCAUGGAAAGUUCGUUUUUCUACGGUUAUCUCGUCACCCAAAUCCCUGCCGGAUUUCUUGCUGCCAAAUUCCCUCCAAAUAAACUUUUUGGAAUCGCUAUAGGAGUCGCUUCAUUUCUCAACCUUCUUCUGCCAACUGGUUUCAAAUCAAAGAAUGACACUCUGGUGGCAAUAAUUCAGAUUCUACAAGGGCUUGUGCAGGGUGUCGCAUACCCGUCGAUGCACGGCGUCUGGCGAUACUGGGCUCCGCCACUGGAACGGUCCAAACUGGCCACAACCGCCUUCACUGGUUCCUAUGCUGGAGCAGUACUUGGACUUCCUGUGUCGGCAUUUCUGGUUUCAUACGUAGGAUGGAGUGCUCCAUUCUACCUCUAUGGUUUCGCUGGCGUUAUCUGGUCUGUAUUCUGGUUUUCUCUGACUUUUGAAAAGCCAGCUUACCAUCCGACAAUAACGCAAGAAGAGAAAAAGUUCAUCGAAGACGCUAUUGGGCACGUGUCUGCUACUCACCCUACAUUUCACUCGAUACCAUGGAAAGCGAUUGUGACUUCAAAACCGGUAUGGGCAAUUAUAGUGGCAAAUUUUGCUAGAAGCUGGACGUUUUAUCUUCUGCUACAAAAUCAGCUGACUUACAUGAAAGAGGCACUCGACAUGAACAUCAGUGACUCCGGAAUGCUUGCCGCUUUGCCACAUGCUGUGAUGGGCAUUGUCGUUUUGUUUGGAGGACAACUCGCCGAUUACCUGCGUUCAAAUAAGAUUCUUUCCACCACUGCAGUGCGUAAAAUUUUCAAUUGCGGAGGAUUCGGUGGUGAAGCAGCGUUCAUGCUUGUCGUUGCAUAUACCAAUAAGGAAUCGACUGCUAUUCUAGCUCUGGUGCUGGCCGUCGGCUGUUCGGGAUUCGCCAUUUCAGGAUUCAAUGUGAAUCAUUUGGAUAUUGCACCCCGCUACGCGGCCAUCCUCAUGGGAUUCUCAAAUGGAAUUGGAACGUUAGCCGGCCUCACUUGUCCGAUUGUAACUGAAAAGUUCACCGAAAGCGGGCCUCAUGGUUGGGUGAAGGUGUUUCUCCUAGCAAGUCUGAUUCAUUUCACCGGCAUUACUUUCUAUGCUAUCUACGCUUCUGGAGAACUGCAAGAUUGGGCGGAGCCGAAGCCAGAGGAAGAGGCUUGGAACGUGACAGCGCUCAAUCAUCGAAGCAGCAACGGUAAGUAG